AUGUCUCCCGCCGUGAAGAUCAACUCUGAGCCCAACUUGGACAUCAGCUUCCAAGACUAUUUGAUGCUGUCUAAGCUCGUCUUUGACUGGGCUGACUGCUAUGAUCACAAGGACUGGGAGCGCCUUCGUACUAUUAUCGCCCCAACGUUGACGGUCGACUACACAAGAAUCGGUCUCAAACGGUGGGACGAUAUGCCCGCCGAGGAAUACCUGGCCAUGAUGUCGCACCCCGGAUUCCUGGGUGACCCUACCGUCAAGACGCAGCAUCUUCUCGGCCAGACCUGGUGGGAGAAAGUCUCAGACACCGAAGUGAUCGGUCAUCAUCAGCUACGUGCCGCACAUCAAGUCUAUACCAACGAUGGGCUGAAGGAUGUCAAGCUUCGAGGCCACGGCCAUGCUUACAACGAGCACUAUUACCGCAAGGUUGAUGGAGUUUGGAAGUUUGCCGGGUUGAAGCCGGAGGUGGUGUUUAAUGAGAAGCGAUUUGAGGACGUUUUCAAGGGAUUGGAUUGA